CUACGCUGUUUUAAGCAGCUUGGACUUUCAAUAAAAUGGGUAAAACGAAAGAUGCAAGCUCAGAUGAAGAUGUGACUUUAGAAACUAAUGAGAUAUCCCCUCAAAAACGUCAUAAAAGACAUAAACAUAAAAAACAUAAAAAGAAAAAAGCUACAUAUGAUGGUAAUGAUGGUUUUAAUGAUAUUACUGUAGAAACAGAGAAAAAGAAAACAUUUAGAGUUAAAAUGAAGAAAGAUGAUGAUAAGAGUUCAGAGAAACCACGUGAGAAAGUGCAGAAGACAUCUAAUCUUAGCAUUGCAGGUGCAAGUACUGCACCAUCACCAAAAGCUGCAACAAAGAAAAAAAUUCCAAAAGGUAAUAAAGGUAAAGAUAGCGGUACUAGUAGUGAAGAAGAACGAUGGCUUGAUGCAAUAGAGUCUGGAAAACUUGAAGAGGUUGAUGAUGAAUUAAAGAAAAUCAAACCAAAAGACCCAAAACUAAUGACUGCUCGUCAAAGAGCUAUGUUUGAAAGAAAGACAGAUACAGAGCCAAAUCCAGCUGUAGAACAACUUAUGUCUUUACCAACUGGAUACAAAGAAAAAGUUAUGACAGCUGAAGCAAUACAAAAAGCUGCACUUAAAUCAUUAAAAAGAAAACAGCUUGCUGAUGAAAAAAGAGAAAAAGAUAAGAAAAAAACAAUGGAAAGGUUACUAAAAAAACAGGAAUCUAAAGCUUCUAAAGUUAUUAGUAAAGGAAAACCUUCUAGAAGGCAAGUUCCCUUAGUUACAUAUCGUUUAACACUUGAAGGAAGUUCAAUAUCUUUACCACCUGGAGAAGAUUUUCCAUUGCAGCCUGCAAAACAGGAGAAAUCGCCAGUACAAGUUCUUUGUGGUGUAAAUCACUGUAGA